AUGGUGCUCGCUUCUUGGGCAGUACUUGUAAGUGCCGCUUUAGUGGGUGUAGUGAGAGGUGCACAAUACGGUGAUUACGCCGCAGCUGAGAUGCCGCAUUAUGGUUCGGAGGAGUAUCACGAAUCCGCUCGAGAAGCUGCUCCAGCUGUUGAUGAAUACAAUGAUCGCUCACCCGAAGCACCUGCCUCUCCAGAUUACAAAUAUGAGGAGCAUUUAAAUUCGCGAACCGCGAAUAUGAAAACUGAGGACAGCUGGCAAAAAUCAACUUUAAAACCGUCAAGAGUUCAAAGGCUGAACCUAAGAGCACACGUGGAUCGAAAUAAAAUUAAAUCAACUUUUUACCAGCGAAAAAAAUCCAGGAGUUCUGUCAAAAAAUCUGACAUUAUUGAGAAACAGUUGAGAAAUGGGAGAAUACGAAGUAACGAUAUUAUUGAUAAAGAGGAAGACUUUGUAGGUGACGCUAGGUAUCAAGAUCGAUUUGAGGAUGAUAAAGUUUAUACAAGAGCUACCACUGAGCGAGUUGUAAGACGAAAAGCACGAGACAGGUCUUUUGGAAGUCCUGAAAUUGAAACUGAGAAUGAUGAAUCAGAAGAUGACGAUGAUGAUGAAGAACUAAAAAAUGAACACAGUCAGGUAAAGGAUGUUGAAUAUUCUGUGAAAGAGGAAUCAGUUGCUUUACCUGUAAAAUCAGAAGAAUCUAAACAGUUGGAUACAAAUGAGGAGACCGAAGCCUUUCGCCAACAAUCUCCCAUACGUACCGAUGACGACCUCGUUUCUCGUUUAGAAGCCAAAAAAUUAGACCAAAAGACAGAGAACCAAUAUCAAGAUUAUUAUGACAUGAAACGAGUUAAUAAUAUUAAGAAGAAAAUUACUGUCCUAUAUCGUCGAACAAAAGCUAAAUCUAUUGAGAGUACGACUACUGAUUUGUCUUUAGCGGAGAAGUCCAGAUUGUCAAUUUUAAGAAAAGCACAGCUGAAAGAGAGUUUGAUGGAUAAAAGUGCGACAGUCAAGCCACCAGUACUGAUGCAGGUAACGCGGAAGAUGAAUACCGUGGUAAUGGUCGAGCCGCCUAAACAGAAUCUCAAUAUGAAUCUGAUGGGCAAUUUAGGGGGACUAAUAAGUGAUUCACCCGAGCGUUUGGCUCGCGCUAAAAGACUUAUGAGGCGUAAGUUGAUAGCCGGAGCACGCAGUAUCCAUGAUCUGACUGACAACUGGGAUGAAAUGGUUUGCGAUUACUUGGACGUGACACAACUAGAUGGCGCGAUGAAAAAUCAUAUUAGUACAUCUCUCAUUUUGCUAACACUGUUACAGCUUCUAUUUUAA